CAUUCUACAAAUUAUUCAUUCAUCUAUCAUCUUCCAGCCAGUAAAUUUUUCAUGAGUUGCGGAUGAUGUGAAUGGAUGAAAGAAACCAUCAUUUUUAAGAUUAGGAGCUAAUUUGGAUUCGGAGAACUUUUACAAACCCGUUUGUUACGCGUUAAGUGAUGGCUAGCAAUCAAGAAAUCACAGGCCCAGUGUCACAGGAGGACAUAGAGGCGGCAGAAAAAUUGAAAAAUGAAGCAAAUGACUAUUUCAAAAAACAAAAUUACGAUACCGCAAUCGAGUUUUACUCGAAGGCUAUUGAGAAGAACCCUAAGAAUGCGGUUUUCUACGCAAAUAGGAGUAUAGCGAAUUUGAGACUUGAGAAUUUCGGAUAUGCCUUGACUGACGCCUCUAAGGCCAUAGAGUUAGACCGAUCCUACACCAAGGCGUACUACAGGCGGGCUGCGGCUCACAUGUCCCUAGGAAGGUACAAACUAGCACUUAAGGAUUUUGAAUAUGUAACCAAAGUUAGGCCAAAUGAUCAAGAUGCAAAAAUGAAGUAUAAUGAAUGCAAUAAAAUAGUUAAGAAGAUCGCCUUUGAAAAAGCCAUUUCUGUGGAUAAAAAGGAAGUGAACAUCGCAGAUAGUAUCAACUUGGAUGCUAUGACCAUAGAAGACGAAUACGAAGGUCCCGAGCUAGAAGAUGGCAAGGUCACACUCAAAUUCGUUACCGAACUUAUGGAAUUUUUCAAAACACAAAAGAAGCUUCACAAGAAAUAUGCUUACAAGAUCUUAAUUGACGUUAAAGCGUACCUCCAAGAGCAGCCCUCACUAAUCGACAUUAAGGUCCCAGACGAUGCAAAGUUCACAGUCUGUGGAGACAUUCACGGACAGUACUAUGACCUCAUGAAUAUAUUCAAAUUGAACGGUCUGCCUUCGGAGACCAAUCCGUACCUGUUCAAUGGAGACUUUGUGGACCGAGGAUCCUUCAGUGUGGAAUGUAUUUUUGUGCUGUUCAGUUUUAAACUGCUGUACCCUAACCACUUCUAUAUGUCAAGAGGCAACCACGAAACCCGGGACAUGAACCGCAUGUACGGUUUCCAAGGUGAAGCGUCUUCGAAGUACAACUCUCAGAUGGCUGAUCUCUUCACGGAGGUGUACAACUGGCUGCCCCUGGCUCACUGCAUCAACGGACGGGUUAUGGUCAUGCACGGAGGACUGUUCUCGAAGGAUGACGUCACGCUCGAUGACAUCAGGAAGGUGGAUAGGAAUAAGCAGCCGCCGGAAGAUGGCAUAAUGUGCGAGCUUCUCUGGUCGGACCCGCAGCCGAUGGCGGGGCGCGCUCCGUCACGGCGCGGCGUCGGCUGCCAGUUCGGGCCUGACGUCACGGCCAACUUCCUGCAGAGGAACAACCUGGACUACGUCAUCAGGAGCCACGAAGUCAAGAAUGACGGCUACGAGAUCGCCCACGACGGGAAGUGUAUCACGGUCUUCUCUGCGCCCAACUACUGCGAUACGAUGGGUAAUCUAGGUGCUUUUAUCACAAUGAACGGCAAGGACCUCAAACCGAAAUUCACCACCUAUGAGGCAGUGCCACACCCGGACGUGAAGCCGAUGGCUUACGCGAACUCAUUUUUCAACAUGCUCUGCCAAUGAUGGAAGCGGGCCCGCGCCCGGGGCCCCGCCCGCGCGCCCCGGGGCCCGCGCCCGCGCGAGUCGCUCAGCUCGCGCGGGCCCCGUCCCGGCCCUCGAUCCGCGGCCAAACGCAAGAUGCGCCGGAUCCUCAAAAUGGUCGCCAAGCGCACGCGGGACAACGCCCAGGGAUGGACUUAGGGUACUUAGUUAAUCCGAUUAUAAUGGAUGUCGACGGUGAAGUAUCGAUAAAUAUCUACACAAUUUUACAGAAGGCGAAUAAAAUUAAUUUCGUAGGUAAUUCUAAUAUUUUGAUAAAUUUUUGAAUGUAUCAUAAUUGGGUUGCGAAGGUUAUGGUAUUUUGGAAAUAUUGCAUGUACCCUAUUUUGAACACGAAUAUGCAAUCUAUACUAAUAUUAUAAAUGCGAAAGUAACUCAGAACUCUGUCUAUCUGUCUGUCUCUCACGCCUAAACCACUGAACAGAUGUUGAUGAAAUUUGGCAUAGAGAUAGUUUGAGUCCCAGGAAAGGACAUAGGAUAGUUUUUAUCCCGGUUUUUGAAACAGGGACGCGCGCGAUAAAGUUUUUCUGUGACAGACAAAAUUCCACGCGGGCGAAGCCGCGGGCGGAUAGCUAGUGUAUUAUAAUUGGGUUGUGAAGGUUAUGGUAUUUUGCACAUAUUGUAUGUGCAUAACCCUAUUUUGAGCACGAAUAUGCAAUAAAACAAAUCGCCAAAAUGCCAGUUAUUAUUUGUUGAUACUUCACCGUCGAUAUGUAAUAUUACGUUUUCCAAGUGACUGACUGUGAGUUUUGUGACGGUCGCCGUUUAUGUAAACCGUUUUGCGUAAUCUAACCAGUUAUACUUUAAAAUAAGUAAAGCCAGUAUAGUUACAGUGACUGGCCAGCAAUGUUCGAUUAAUUAUGCAUGCCGUGUCUUGUCAUUUUGUUUUAAAUUCUAAUUAUUCCCCCGUUAAAUUGAAUGUAACUUGCGAAGUAUUUUCGAAUGGUCAAUUCUUGUAGUUGUUAAGGUAACACAAGUGAGUGUUAGUUGUAGCCCCUCAGUCCGUCACUGAAUGACGCCCGCAUCCAAGGUGCAUACAAAAACGUGAGUAAUAAUUAAUGCUCAAGUAAUGUAAGAUAAGCCGAAACUAAGCGGGGUAGGUAUUUAUAUACCAUGGGGUUCUCCUUCCUAACGCAGUGUUUCUUAACUUGUGGACCAUGGACCCCUGGGGGUCCAUAGCAUAUGUAUGGGGGUCCAUAGCCUUAGUGGACCCUUUAACAAUCAUAAAUUAAGCCACUAAAAGUUUUGUAAUCGAAGUUAAAUGCUGCUUUUUUAUCAAGGGGGUCCUUAAAAUUGUGCUUGAUUUUCUAAGGGGUACGUGGACGUGGUUAAGAAACGCUGUCCUAACGGAUAUUUUUCUAGGACAAUAUAAAUGUAGCGCGGCCGGGACCGACUCAUCGCCUUACAACGAUCGUUUAUUUUUAUUUUGUUAACCUCCCGCGGUGCCGUUGCAGGGAAAUGGUUAAUUAUGUAAGUUUGAUAAAAUUCUAAUCGUUAAAAUAUGGGUAGUGAGGUAAACAACUGAAAAAUAAACACGAUUCCCCUCCCACAGUCAUUUAGUAUGGAAAUGUCAUUUUAAUCCAGAGUUCAUCCCAGGUGUAACUUUUUAUUAAUAUGGGGGAAUAAGUUUAUUUUAAUUUGAAGAUUUAAAAACUGUGCGCUAUAUUUUAAUGCAACAUUAAUCGCGAUUUCCAUUUUAUUAAGUUAUAUUAUUAUUGCAUUUAUGAUUUUUUCAUAAUAUCAUAUUUAUCAUGUUUUUUAAACUUAUCUUCAGUCAGUUACAUUUUGAACCUUGAUGCCAUGUGAAUACAGUUUAUAAAAAUUAAAUAAUUUUGUCAUUUCCCUGCGACACAACUUUUUCUCCCAAUCGCACUCGUUUGCUUUAGCGGGAAGCAAAUGUUUUGCGACUACAUAAUUUCUUGUACAUUCUAGUUUUAAGUCUUAGAAAUAUGUAAUUGUCAUUAUUAUUUACAAUUUGCAUACGCAUUUUUUUCUGGCUGCAUCAUUAGAGACAAAUAGGUUGGUUAUCUAAAGCCCGGUCUCUGAGCACGUAGAAUUUUGUCCAAUGACCCCAGGCUACCCAUCCUUAUCGCUCGCGCGUAAUUAUGUAGCUGUUGCUUGCGCUCGCACACUCACUGCGGGCGCCCGUUGCACAGUCGUGACAGCAAUAUAAUUACGCGCGAGCGAUAAGGAUGGGUAGCUUGGGGUCAUUGGGCAAAAUUCUACGUGCUCGCAGACCAGACUAAACUAAACAUUAUUAUUAAAACUAAAAAAAAAUGAUAUCAACAUCACAUUUAUUCACAUCAAGACAGCAAUAAAGUUGAGUAAAAUUGAGUUUUGAGUAAAAUACUGUCGCAAAAUCGCAUUGAUUACAACUACGUUAGAUGUAGUGUGUGGCUUGAUGUGCAUCCACCUUUAAAUAAUUAUGUAUAUGCAUUUAAGAGUUUAGUGCAAUAGUAGUCAAUUUUAUGCAUCGAAUGUCGUUUUGCUUUUAUAAAAUACACAAAACCAGCGCAAGCAUUUUACAUUGUAAAAUAAAGCAUUUACUACCUAUGUAAAAUAACAAGGCACCUCAAAUACGUACCUAGAAGUAAUGUAUAUUAAUCUUUAACCAUAAUAACUCUUGUUUUUAUUUACUUGUAUGACUUAUGUAAAUGUAUGAUGCAGCCAGAAUCAAGGGGCAUUUAUUUUUUGUGUGAAAAGUUUACUUUUCUUGAAUGUUACGACCCCUUAUAGUGUAAUUACGUUGCAAUCACGCCAUAAUGAAUUAUUUUUGUUUAUUUUUUGUGUAUUAGAACAAAUUUUAAUUUUUCAACCUUAUACAUCACUGCGAUGUAGAUUUAUAAGAUAUUAAAACUGUAUAUAUUAUGAUUGUUUAAUUAUGCGAUGAACCUGUUUGAAGUCGAUUACGCGCAGCGCGGCAGUUUUAAUUUAACCCUUUAACGGCCACAGCAUUUUUCAAAUAUUUCUUUUCAAAAGUAAAGUUCACAAUAUGGUGGAAAUAUAAUAUAAGCCCUUCAUAAAGGGUUAAAUAAAAUAGCCAAUCUGCGUAAGCGCCACUCAACGAUCGUGAGUUGCUAUAAUCGACUUAUCUGCAUUUAUCCCAAAACUUUCUGCUCACUAUUACCAAAACACAUUUACACAUACACACACACACACACUCAAAAUCUUUUAGGCACAAAUCGAAGAUUUUAUUAUCAAUUUUCAGGAACAUUUCUUGGUCACCUUUGCGACUAACAUCACAUUCCCCAAUAGUUAUACGCCUCUGGUCAACUCAUACACACAGUAAACAUUUUACAAUGAAUUUCUCGUGCUAUAAACAAUUUAUUCUGACAUAGCAUUGCUUUUUCACUGCCAUAAAAAUAUUUCAAUAUGGCCGCCAUAUAACGCUGUUCGGUUAGUGAAAAUAAGUAAAUCACUAUCUACGCGCUGGAUAGUCCAUAUAAUAAUAGGCUAGUUUCCUAAAAAAUUUUUUUUAGUCCGUCAUGUUUAAUAUCAAAAAAUAUUGGACACAUAUAUUUUUAUUUGUCAAUCUAACAAAUAAUUACAUAGUUAUGGUGCGUUGAAGUUCCGCACGACGUCACAACGUGCGGCACUUUUAUGCAAGCAUUGACGUCACGGGCCUCUUCUUAUGAACUUUGGCGCGCUUUAUCUCUUUAAAUUUUCAUUAGUUUGAAAAAGUGAAAAAUACGUGUAGAGUAUUUUUUGAUAAGUUAACUGACGGACUAAUUAAAACUUGCUUUUUGACCCAGGAAACAUCCCCAUUAUAAUCAGUACCCUAAUUACUAAAUUCACCAUGCAAUAGUGUGGCGAGCCUUAAUAGUCAAUGUAAUAAUAGUUAAUGUAAGAAGACUGUCAACGCAUCACGCUUUCGUUUAUUAAUUAGGUAUUAAGAUUCGUUUCAAUAUAAUAAUAAUCCACUAUUCUAUGACCAAAUCCAUGUCGACAUUUUUUCUCGUGUACCUGACCUUUUAAUUUUGUUAAUGUCAACAUUUGUACAGAAAAUCACUCCUGUCAGUUUUGUUUUUAAAUUAAUAAUAAUAAUUUUAAUUAUUGAGUUAAUGAUUAAACUAGGAAUAAUGAAUUUCACAUCAACUAAUUAUACUAUAGAUACAGCUUCAAAAUAGUGUUUAUCGUAUUUAUUAAGAACCGUCUGAAAUAAGUCACUCAUGCGCAUGUUUGACAUAAGGAGCACAGACAAUAUUCAUAUAAAAUAAUGUAAGUAUACAUAAACUGAUAUUGUCGAUUGCAAGGAUACAAUCCAUAUUGUAAGAUUAUAUUAAUUGAGUAUUUAGGUACUAAUGCAAUAUUUUACACGCCUUGUAUUCUUUUAGACAUUUCUAAAUCUAGCUUAAGUUAUGUGUGAAAUCACACUCAAGAACAGAUUCAGACCUGUGAUUGGGCUUAAUUAUGGGUACAACUUGAGUUUUAAUCGAGUUUUGAGGCGUUCGAAAUACGACCUAUUAUUUCUACGUGGAUCUAUGCCCAUAUACAGGAAAGGCGAUUGCCUAUAUUGAUGACAUCAUACUUUACAUGAAGUAUCGAAACAAAGGUCAAGUACUCGGUUAAUUAUCUAUCAUCGUUCAGAGGGUAACGGUAAGUGAGCACCAAACCAGACCAGGCAUGAUAAGUUAAAUGCUCAAAGCAUAAGUUUUGGACUCGUAGGUUAUAAUGAAUUAUGUUUAAAGUGAGGUAUGUAAUCGCGCCAUUUUGGAUUGCGCGGACGCGACGAGCCGAGCAUAUCAGACGAUGUAGAUAGGUUUUGGUGUUGACUUUAAUUAAUAAAUUGUUAAAUUUGUA